AAAUUGUAAGUCUAAUUUCAUUUCACAUAAUGUUCUCAUCCUCUCACUAAAAAAGAGAGAACCACAACCCCACAUAUCCCUCCCUCCAUCCUACAACCAGACCUUCUCCUCCCACCCCAAGUUUGACCGGAGAAGCCGAGUCAAGGAGGGGAAAGAGACCAGAGAGAGCCAUUCAUUUUUCAUCUCCGAUCCUUUUGUGUUGUGGAAAGAAAGAUCGAUCGAAAAAGAUGGGAAGCGGCGUAGAAUAUGAUCAUCAGAUAAAAGAGCUGAAGGACAUAUUCAUGCGGUUCGACCUGGACAGAGACGGCAGCCUGACGCAGCUGGAGCUCGCCGCCCUCCUCCGCUCCAUCGGCCUCAAGUCAUCCAACGGCGACCAAAUCCACGCCCUCUCCGCCCACAUUGACGCCGACGGCAACGGCUCCAUCGAGUUCGACGAGCUCGUCCGUGCCAUUCUGCCGGACCUCAACAAACAGGUCCUCAUCAACCAGGAACAGCUCAUGGAAGUUUUCCAGUCCUUCGACAAGGACGGCAGCGGCUACAUCACCGCCGCCGAGCUGGCCGGGCAGAUGGCGAAAAUGGGGCAACCACUAACGUACCGUGAGUUGACGGAGAUGAUGCGUGAGGCGGACAUGAACGGCGACGGCGUGAUCAGCUUCAAUGAGUUUGCCAACAUUUUAGGCAAAUCGGCGUCCGAUUUCCUCGGCCUCGCUGUCUCUUAGCCCGGCCGUUACAUAUAUACUGUCUGUCGUUUUAUGUUAAGUCUGACGUCAGCGACGACCAUGGGUGUUUUUGAGCAUACGACAAACCAGAUGCAUGCAUGAUCGACGACAAUUAUUAUUUUCUGUUUAAAUGUUUCACAUUUUAUUCAUGUACACAAACAUAUGUAUAUAAAAGCAUCUCUAAUCGGUGUUAACUGUUCACAUCAAAAGAAUUGCUAUGCCAUCCGUAUAUAACAUUGGUGUACGAAUUUUCAUUUCCAAUGGAGGAUGUUCACCCUCAUGUAUUGCUGACAUGUUAAAAAUUAAUUUAGACAUUCUCUGAAUCACUGUGAUUAGA